AUGAGCAAGUUUCUCGCGGUGCUGUCACUCGUGCUGGUGGUCUCGGUCAGGCGAUGCCACCAGCAGGUUGAGACCAUUCUCGACAGCAGCGAGUACGACGAUCUGGGGAUGCCGGCCACCGGCCAACCAGCGCAACGCAAGCCUCAGGUCGCCGGUUUCCUGGCGAGCGACGGUAGCGACCUCUACCCGCCCGCAAUGGCCAACGAUGGGCCGUCGGUACCGAAUCAACGCCCGUCGAUGUCAACCUACGGCCAGAAUCCGUUCCUGGCGCGGCCCGACUUCUACCGGAAGCCACACGGCUCAGUCCGCAUCCCGCAAACGACGCCUCAACAGCAGCAGCAGCAGCAAGGAUACGAUCCGCGCGAUGGAACCCCCUAUACCCGGGAUAUUGCCGUCAAGCAGGGGAUCCUGCGCGGAACCGUGCGUGUUAUGCACCCGCAGUCGGGGCUGAAGAAUGUCGACCAGUACCUUGGCAUACCGUACGCGGAGGCACCGGUCGGAUCGCGCCGCUUCAUGCCGCCGGGUGCCCCGAUCCCGUGGAACGGGCUCAAGAUGGCCACGAAACUGUCGCCGGUGUGCCCCCAGAACUUGCCCAGCUUGAGCAACACGAACAACAACUACUCGAAGGGGCGCUACGAUCAGAUCAAGCGGCUGCUGCCGUACCUGAAGGUGGAGAGCGAAGACUGCCUCUACCUGAACCUCUACGUUCCCAGCUACGAUGGCAUUGGACCGCAAGCUAAAUACCCCGUCAUUGUGUACAUUCACGGCGAGUCGUACGAGUGGAACAGCGGCAACCCGUACGACGGGUCCAUCCUGGCCAGCUACGGCCAGGUCAUCGUGGUCACGCUAAACUUCCGGCUCGGCAUACUCGGUUUCAUGAAGCCCGGCAUCAGCGAUCACACGACGAGCAACUUCGGGCUGCUGGACCAGAUAGCGGCCCUGCAGUGGAUCAAGGAGAACAUCGGUGCGUUCGGUGGCGACGCGAAGCUGGUGACGGUGAUGGGCCACGGGACGGGGGCGGCCUGCACCAACUUCCUGAUGGUGUCGCCGGUCGCGAAGGGCCUGUUCCACCGCGCCAUCCUGAUGUCCGGCUCGGCCCUGUCCGACUGGGCGCUCACGCAGCACCCGCUGCAGUCCACGAUGCAGGUCCUGCAGGGCCUGAACUGUCCGCUGAACGGCGACGGCGACGAGGUGACGGCGUGCCUGCGCCGCAAGCGCUACAGCGAGAUCCUCGGCGUCAAGACGGCGUCGCCCCAGUUCUCCACCCGCUUCGGCCCGAUCGUGGACGGGCUGGUCAUCCCGAACAUGCCGCACAAAGUUAUGGGCCAGUACAGCGACAUUUUCAGCGGAUACGAUCUGCUGUACGGCAUGACCGAGCUCGAGUCCUAUCACAUCCUGAAUGCGGUCGCGCUCACGUACGGCCUGCUGGAGAACGAGCGGGACAAUUUAUUGCGAUUUUACAUGCAAAAUCGUUUCGAAAUUCGACCGGACCUCGCGCUGGCCGCCACACUCCGAGAAUACACCGACAUCUAUAUGGACCCGAACAAGGCGCUGGCGGACGAGCACCGGGACAAUCUGCUGGAGAUCCUGUCGGAUGCCCGGGUCGCGUCCCCGAUGGUCCAGACCGGGCUCUACCUGUCGAAGGUCAACCCGAAGUGCUACAUGUACGUGUUCGGCCACAACAGCGAGGCGGGCGAGUAUGGGCGGCUUUCGCAGAGCGUGGUCGGCGAAGACCUGGCGUACGUGUUUGGGGCCCCGCUGGGACAGGUGGGCCCGUUCCAGCACCACUACAACGCCCGCGAGCGGCUGUUCUCCGAGGCCAUCAUGAAGUACUUCAGCAACUUUGCCAAAACCGGCAACCCGAAGGCACCGUGGAAGGAUCUGUUUCUGAACCUCAACCCGGAGGACUGGUCGUACUACGACGUGGACUGGCCGGAGUACAACAGCGUCAACCAGAGCUACCUGCAUAUGGGCGUCACGCCCGUGGUCGGUCACCGGUACCGGCAGAAGUACAUGAAGUUCUGGAACGAGGAGCUGCCGGAGGAGUUGAAGAAAAUUACCACCUCCAAGUCGUACGCGCCGUACCCGGACUUUUUCAACCCGACGGCCGGUUUGGGUCGUGCUCGUGGCACCACGCCGAACCCGGAGUUUGUAACCGGUCACAUCAACAUGUACCCGCUCAAGGUCGAGGUCAUGCGAUCGACCGAGGACCCCUUCAAGGCGCUCGUCUACCGCAUGAAGGAUUCGGCCGCUACUUCGGUGCUGCCGGAGAAGGGCGCUCCAGGUCCGCAGGCCGCCAACGUGGAGCUGACGCAGCGCCAUACCGAGAAGCAGCAAUCGGCCAAGGAGCACCGCGAGGCCGCCGGGGCCGACGAGGAUGGCAGUGCGGAGAUUAUGAAGAGUGAGUCCACCCUGACCAUGCUGAUAGCGGUGGCAAUCGUGUUCCUGGUGUUCAACAUUUUCGUCAUCGUGGGAUACGUCGUACGGCGCCAUCUUGGAGCUACCGGAGCGGGUGGCCGCAAAGCGAAGCGCAAGUACGACGACGUGAUGCUGGAGAGUGCUGCAGUGGUCAUGUCCGGCGCGGUCACACUUUCCGAGAAGCCACUGGACGAUGGUGGCCAUCAUCCGUUGCACCACGCACACCACCAUCAUCCGCACCACCAUCAUCAUCACCAUCAUCAGCAGGGGCAGCAGCACGGUGGCUACGGUUUCGACGGCGAUGGCCCGGCCGGGCGAAAGUCCAAUUCGUACGAACCCGUGGCGAAGCAGUUGCUGAAUCCCAUUGCGGUGGAUACAGUCGAUUCGCACACCAAAGUGUACGACUGGAUGGCCGGGUCCGGGUGUCGGAUGGUGGAACCGGCGGCCGAAGCGCCUGCGGUACCACCGCACAAAAUUAGCGUGGCCAUCGAUGCUACUCCUCAGGCGCGUAGCAAUAGCGUCCUGCGGCAGGAACCCAUCGAGAUCACCAAAGCCAAGUCGUUCGAGUACAGCGAUGGCGGCCCGGACUGUCUCGAAAGUCCCGACGAGGACGACGAGCGGCGGGCACUCGAAGGAUCGUGCUCGUCGUCGACCAGUGCCAGCACCGGUUCGUCCUACUCGUCGGGCUCCUCGGUGGGAACGGCCGAUCGUCACGGACCGCAGGCGGCAGGCUUCGGGACGGCUCCGGUUUACUACAACUACGCCCUGGACAAGGGUCCCCAUCACCGAGGGGUGGACGUGGCGAUUGGCGGUGAAGAGCAGGUCACCAGCUUCAUCGAGCCCGCCGAGCGGAUCGACAACGUGAACGUCACGUCGAGGGACGACAGCAUCGAGAAGGAUCCGCUGACGCCCGAGGAAGCGCUUCGGGUGAUCCAGCGAAGGAACUUCCCCAAGGUGCUCCCGGACCAUCCUCGGGGCGCAACGAUCGCGGGUAACUCGGUGAAGCGACGCUCGUUACCGCCGCAGUCGCUUUACGCACCGCUCCACAGCACGCACAGUUUGCGCCGUGAUCUGCCGCCCGGAGUCGGUGGCACGCUAGGAGGGCGCUUGGUGCCAGCACCGCCACCACGGAUCUGCUCUACGCUCGGCCGACCGGCCACGGGACGUCAGCGGACGAGCCACAACUUCAUCAGCUCACCACCGAUCGUCGCCGAGGAACCGCCCGUGACCGAGGAUCCACCGAUCGCCCUCAACACGCUACACGUGGGACCGCUGCUGCCGACGCACCAGGAGAGCACCUACAUGACGAUGUCUCGCCAGAACUCGACGGAAGACGAACCGGUGCCGGGGUCACCGACCGGAGACUGCGAUCUUGCGGAGGCACCGACCACGCCGGUCGACAUUAUUUGUAUCGAGCAUAAACCGGAAAGUCACUACAGCUACAUCAGGCCUGCCGGACUGAUGCGGACACCGUCGUCCUUUAAGUGUCCGGUCGAGCUGCGGUCGUCCCAGGGAUCUCAGGCGGUCGGUGACGGUGAGGACGCUAAGGAUACUCCACCACCGACACCGCUGCGAGACGGCCAGCUACCGGAACGGGACAAACUGAGCUCCGAAUCGUCGGCCACCGACACGACGUCCGGUAGCACCGGCACGAUAAAGAAGCUGUAA